CGUUGUUGCACUGCACAGGCAAUAUGGCUGUAGAUUUCGAGAUUCGCUGGUAGUGUGCGGUGCUCACAUCGUUUCCUAGUAGGACGAAGUAUUUCCGACGCCUUCAAAGUUUCACGUUCGAAUUUUUGGUGUUUAUUGUUUCUGUUUAUAUAUUUUUUCUCAAAAUUGUGUCGUGAAAAUUUAGAUUUUUCAUUUCCGUCGUCACCAGAUUCAUGCGACGACAAAAUGGCGUCGCUUGACAAGAUUUUCGAGCGAAAUAGAUUUUCAUAUUUCUUUGAAAUUUAAUGAAAUUAUGUUGCUUAAAAUAAUGGAAAGUGUUUACCUAAGUUUUUCUUUUACGAAUUUCAUGUUUUUACCUACAUAUUAUUGCUAAUUAUAUAAGUAACACGGUUUUUCCUUCAUAUUCUGCAAAAUGCUUUUGAAAGGAUUCAUAAAUGAAUCUGGCAGUGAAUCUACAAGUGAGAAAGGAGAAAAGAGUGAUUCCAGUGGCUCCGGUUCUGGCAGUGAAAGCGAAAGUGGAUCUAGCUCCUCCGGAUCAGGGUCUGAAAAAUCUUCAGUUGGUGACAGGUCGCACCAUAGUGAUGAUGAUACCAAAUUGUCACCGAAACACAGCAAUCCUAAUUCUUCUAAAUCAGAUAAAGACAGUUCUGGUAAUGAUUCACCAUCAAAAUCUCACUCAAGAAAUAGCCAUGGAAGAGUCAAAUCAGAUCUUUGGGAAGACAAUCCAGACAUUUAUGGUAUCAGAAGAUCUGCCCGGUCACGAAAAGAACCUGAUAGACUCAAACUAGCAGACAGUGAUUCUAGUGAGAGGGGUAGAAGUCACAGUAGAAAAAACAGAAAAAGAAGCAAUUCUUGGAAUUCUGAUUCAUCAGAUAGUGAUAGUGACCUAAAGGGGUCACCACCCCCACCUUCAAAGAGACCUGGCCAAAGAAGUGUACCUCUGAGAAAAAAGAAACCAGCCCGAAGAAGAUUUACAAGUGAAGAAGAUGAAAGUACUGAAGGCUCUGAUGAGGAGGCAAAAAGUCGAACAGCUACAAGACGCACUGGUGCUGCAGUUAGUUAUAAGGAAGCAAGUGAUGAACAAACUGAUUCUUCGGAUCUUCUGGAGGUGGAAGGCGAAGGAGAAGCUGAAGGGGAGCCAGAACCAGAAGAGCACAGUGAAACUAUAGAGAGAGUUCUUGGCUUUAGACGCGGAAAGAAAGGAGUCACUGGCAAUGUGACAACAGUGUAUUAUAUAGAAGAAAAUGGCGACCCAAAUGAAGGAUGUGACCCUAACGAUGAAGAAUCAACUGAACCACAGUACCUGAUCAAAUGGAAAGGAUGGUCUCAUAUCCACAACACAUGGGAAUCUGAAGCAUCACUUAAUGAACAAAAAGUUAAAGGCCUUAAAAAACUAGAAAAUUAUAUUAAGAAAGAAGCUGAACUUUCAUGGUGGAGACAACAAGCUGGUCCAGAGGAUAUAGAUUAUUUUGAAUGCCAAGCUGAACUACAACAAGAAUUAGUGAAGACUUACAACAAUGUAGAGAGAAUAAUAGCGGAACAAACAAGAGAACUAGAAUCUGGUGGAACUGCACAUGAGUACUUUUGCAAAUGGGAGUCUCUUCCAUAUGCAGACGCAACUUGGGAAGAUUCUAGCCUCAUAGAAAGGAGAUGGCCUGUGGAAGUGGAGAAUUUCAAAUACAGGGAGGCUGCCAAGACUACUCCUUCAAGGCAUUGCCCUGUCUUAAGAAGACGCCCCAAGUUUCAUCAAGUAAAAGAGCAGCCCGACUAUAUGGGCAAAGAUCAGACAUACACAUUGAGAGAUUACCAAAUGGACGGGCUAAAUUGGUUGAUACAUUCCUGGUGUAAGGACAACUCUGUCAUUCUUGCUGAUGAAAUGGGUUUAGGUAAAACUAUACAGACCAUAUGUUUCUUGUACUACCUCUUCAAAACUCAACAGUUGUAUGGCCCAUUUCUAUGUGUAGUGCCACUAAGUACGAUGACGGCGUGGCAGCGAGAAUUUCAACAAUGGGCGCCUGAUAUUAACGUAGUCACAUACAUUGGUGAUGUCAUUAGCAGAGACAUUAUUAGACAAUUUGAAUGGAGCUUUUCAAGUUCUAAAAGGCUAAAAUUUAAUGCAAUUUUAACGACAUACGAAAUUCUACUCAAAGAUAGACAAUUUUUGAGAUCAUUCAGUUGGGCGUGCCUACUUGUUGAUGAAGCUCAUAGGUUAAAAAACGAUGAUUCGUUAUUGUAUAAAGCUUUAAAGGAAUUUGACACCAAUCACCGCCUACUAGUCACUGGCACUCCGUUACAAAAUUCGCUCAAAGAGUUAUGGGCUCUUUUACACUUUAUUAUGCCUUACAAAUUUGAAUCAUGGGAAGAGUUUGAGAAAGACCAUGAAGAUGCUGCAACCAAAGGUUACGAAAAGUUACAUAAACAAUUAGAACCUUUUAUUUUGCGGCGGCAGAAAAAAGACGUAGAAAAAUCAUUACCGGCUAAAGUAGAACAAAUAUUGAGGGUGGAAAUGACAUCGAUUCAAAAACAAUACUAUAAAUGGAUCCUCACGAAGAAUUACAGUGCCUUGCGGAAAGGAGUCAAAGGAUCAAUAAAUACGUUUAUAAACAUUGUCAUUGAAUUGAAAAAGUGUUGUAAUCAUGCACUUCUGACUAAACCUGAAGAUUUCGAAUCUAGAGCGUCUCUUGCCACAACAGAUGCUGUCGAGAAACUUCUGAGAGGAUCAGGAAAGUUACUAUUAUUAGACAAACUUCUCUGCAGGCUAAAAGAGACCGGCCACAGAGUACUUAUCUUCUCGCAAAUGGUCAGGAUGUUGGACAUAUUGGCUGAAUACUUACAACGGCGACAUUUUCCUUUCCAACGUCUUGAUGGAAGUAUAAAAGGAGAAAUAAGAAAGCAGGCCCUUGAUCAUUUCAAUGCGGAAGGCUCUCAAGAUUUCUGCUUCUUGCUGUCGACCCGCGCUGGUGGAUUGGGUAUCAAUUUGGCGACGGCCGAUACUGUAAUUAUUUUCGACUCUGAUUGGAACCCUCAAAACGAUUUGCAAGCUCAGGCUCGAGCGCAUAGGAUUGGGCAAAAAAAUCAGGUCAACAUUUAUAGAUUAGUAACGGCUCGAUCUGUAGAAGAAGACAUUGUAGAAAGAGCCAAACGGAAGAUGGUUUUAGACCAUCUUGUCAUUCAACGGAUGGAUACAACUGGCAGGACUGUUCUCAACAAGAGGGACGGCGCUACUACUGCCAAUAAUCCGUUUAACAAGGAGGAUUUGAAUGCUAUUCUAAAGUUUGGUGCUGAGGAAUUGUUCAAAGAUGAUGAUGAGAAUGAUGAGGACCCUGUCUGUGAUAUUGAUGAAAUCCUACAACGGGCGGAAACGCGAGACGAAGCCCCGACAAUGGCUGGCGACGAAUUGUUGUCCGCGUUCAAGGUCGCCAGUUUCGCUUUCGAUGAAGAGAAAGCUGUCAUGGAAGUUAAGAAAGACUCUGCGGAAGAGGAGACUAAAGAUUGGGAUGACAUCAUACCCGAGAACGUCCGAAAUACCAUUGCAGAGCAAGAGAAAAAUAAAGAAAUGGAAGAUUUGUACUUACCACCGAGAAGAAAAAAUUUACAGCAGAACAAUGCUGAUGAGAAAGGCGGUAGAUCGCGGCGCGGACGCAGCUCGGGCGACGGCGCGGAGGGCGCGGGCGAGGACGGCGACGCCGACAGCGACGCCUCGUACGAGGUGAGCGCCGACGACGAGCGGCCCAGGAAGCGCGGCCGCCCGCCCGCCUCGCACAGGGAGAAGAUCAAAGGAUUCACUGAUCAAGAGAUAAGGCGGUUCGUGAAAAGCUAUAAGAAAUUCUCCGCACCGUCGAAACAUCUGGACAGCAUAGCCUGCGAUGCGGAGCUGCAGGAGAAACCUCUGGCUGAACUUAAGAAAUUGGGGGAGAUGCUGGAGGAAAGAUGUAAAGCGGUGCUGAAUGAUACGUCAGAACCAGCCAAUGAACCAGGAGAAGGCAAGAAAAAUGCUAGGAAAACAUUUAAACUUGGUGGUGUACCAGUAAAUGCUAAGACUAUGGCGGCUUGUUUAGAAGAAUUAGCACCUUUAGAUGUAUUUUUGCCAGAUACAAAAGAAGAAAGAUUAAAAUGGCAGUUAGAAUUUAUGACGAGGCCUGCUAAUUUUGAUUGUGAAUGGGGAGUUGCGGAUGAUUCCAAACUACUUGCAGGCAUAUACCAGUAUGGGAUGGGCUCGUGGGAGGCGAUAAAAAUGGAUUCCUCAUUUGAAAUAGGAGAUAAAAUAUUAACUAAUGAAGACAAGAAACCUCAAGCUAAACAUCUACAGUCGCGCGCAGAGUAUUUAUUAAAAGUGAUAAAGAAAUUAUUAGACCAGAAAAAUGGUAAACAAAAACAGAAAAAGCCGCGAAUGAAAAGAGGACUCAAAGAGCCUGUCACAAAAGAUAUUGUGGAAGAUGAUGGGAGUUCAGCAGACGAGAAAAAAGGAAAGACUGUCAAAAAUGAUAAAUCUGAUAAGGGUAAAUUAAAAAUGGAAGAAGUGUCGACGCAUGAUGAAACUUCUAAUGAUAAGAAAGACAGAGAUAAGAAACGCCUAAGAAAGGACGGUAAUCGUCCGAAAGUAGAAAAAGUGAAGGGGAGGAAGAAACCUGCGGGGCCUAUGCAUUUCACUGCCAAUAACGAGCCGAGGGCCUUGGAGGUGCUCGGGGACCUUCAUCCUUCAGUGUUUGAAGAAUGCAAAGAAAAGAUGCGACCUGUGAAGAAAGCUCUAAGAGCUCUCGAUAAUCCAGAUCAAACAUUGUCUGAGUCAGAACAAGUCACCAGAACACGAACAUGCCUAGCACAAAUUGGAAACCAAAUAGAUAUAUGCCUGGAGGCUUAUCCAGAUCCAGAGAAGAAAGUUGAGUGGAGAAGUAAUCUCUGGUAUUUUGUAUCAAAAUUUACAAAUUUUGAUGCAAAACAAUUGUACAAAUUAUAUAAGUAUGGCCUUAAAAAAACUGAGGGUAAACCGAAAGACGGAAAACAUAAAGAAAAUGUAAAGGCGAAUAAUAAGAAUAAUCACAAUUCAAACAAUCAUGUUAAAUCAAAUAAAAGGGAUUUGAAAAAUGAUGAUGCAAAUGACAAGAAAGAGAAGAGAUUAAAAGUUGAAAAAAGGGAGAAGUUAGAUAAAUCCAAUGAUAAAACACCACACACGUCAGGAGUUAAAAGAAAAUUAGAAGAAGGAGAAUGCGACCCAGAAUCCAAUGAGAACAAACGACAUGAAAGACAUAAACACAAGCACAAGGAUCGCAAGGAUAGAGAUAGGAGCCUGAAGCGGGACGAUUUGAUGUACAGAGAGCGGCGGCCGGAGCGCGAGCGGGACCGGGAGCGGGAGCGGGAGCGGGGCCGCGAGCGAGAGCGGGAGCGCGGCCGCGAGCGGGAGCGGGACCGCUCGCGCACGCGCCGCGACAGUGGCGGCGGCGGGCCCGCGCGCGCGCGCCCGCCCUACGCGCCGCACGCCGAGCACGCCGCGCACGCCGCCUGGACCGCGCCCGCCUACCCCGGGCCCCGCCAGGACCCGCGGUACCGCGCCGACCGCAACCCUAGGCCGCACGAUAAGAGACGGUACGGCGGCAGCGGCUUUGGCGGCAUAGCCGGACCUUACGGCGGAUACUACGACGGCGCCACGAUGCCUAGCGCUAUGGGCUUCCCGCCCGUGCGCCCUUACCAGGAUGAUUGGCGGGGCUACCCCGCUGAUUACUCAUAUGAAGAACGGGAUUAUGAGCGUGAGGUUUAUAGAAGGGACUAUGAUCGCCGCGCGCCUCCCACUUAAAAAUACCUAAAGUAGAUAUAGUGAUUCCUUGUAAAUAUUGUAUUUCUUUGUAAAUAGAUAGUAGAUCUCUUUCCAUGAACGCUGGUUUGACCGUGAACUGUAAAGUGUAAGUGACAAAAUAGUGCUGUGGUUUUUAUCUAUGUGAUAAGCAAAGCGCAUCGAUUCAAAUAGACACAUGUUGACUAAUAUUAUUGUGACUGUGUUUUUAUAAGUGAGACUGUAUAGCAAAUUUAUUUAUUGCUGAAUCUGUCGAUGGUUGAUGUACAGAUUUUAGACCAAAUGCCAAUAUUUUUUUUAUAUUAUUUCGAUUUUGUUGCCGAUUUUACCGGUAUUAAAUAAUAUUUUUUUUUUAUCUGUAAUCUGAUUUUCUAUUUAUUUGAACCCUCUAAACAAUUUAUGUAAUUAACUUGACAGAAACACAGGUGAUAUAAACAUAGGUCUUAGAAAAUGUACAAAAUUUAGCUAUUGUUAGUAGGUUUGCAUAUAAUUUAAAAUCAUGUGCAAUUUCAUAAAAUUGUGUAUAGCUUAGAGAGGGACACAUAGAAUUUGUCAUUGCAUUUUGGCAGUGGACAGGAAAGAGUUGAUUGUGCAUUCAUUUCUCAUUCUACAUGCAUUUCUGAGUCUCGGACCGACUCAUACAGUCCUAUUUUUAUACAUUAUGUAAAGUCUUAUUCUCUGUUACAUACAAUUCGAAUGUAAUAAGAGUGAAAUGUCUUAAAUGGUUAUAUACCAUGAUAAUAAACAUAUUAAAGUUACAAAUAU